AUGUCGAAUUCAAUUAUACAACUGAUAGCUUCCGAUAAGUUUAACGGUGAAGGAUAUUCAAAUUGGAAAUCCAACAUCAAUAUGAUAUUAGUUAUGGAUGGUUUGAGGUUUGUAUUGAUGGAGGAAUGUCCUCCGGUUCCCAGUACAACAGUGAAUCAAAAUGUUCAGGACAUCUAUGAUCGGUGGGUUAGGGCUAAUGAAAAAGCUCGGGCCUACAUCUUAGCAAGUAUAUCCGAUGUACUUAAUAAGAAACAUGAGGUAAUGCCCACCACCCGUGAGAUAAUGGCGUCGCUUCAAAAGAUGUUUGGGCAGCCAUCAUCCUCUGUACGACAUGAAGCCAUUAAGUAUGUGUAUAGUACUCGCAUGAAAGAUGGUUCCAACAUUAGAGAACACGUUCUCUAUAUGAUGGUCCAUUUUAAUGUUGCUGAGGCUCAUGGGGCGAUGAUAGAUGAGAUAAGUCAAGAAAAAGAAGUAAAUGUUAUUUCUAAAUCUAAGAAGAUUUUUAAGGGGUCGAUGUCUGGAACAAGACUCACUGAUAACAAGAAGUCUGCUCCUUGUUCUUCAAAAGAUAAAUCUGUACAAAUGAAGAAGAAGGGUAAAGGGAAUUAG